AAAUAAUUGUAUUAUACUAAGAAUGAAUUGCAGCCAGUCGCUAUUUUUUUUCUGUUUGUUAAAAUUCAAUCGCCCAUAUUAUUCUGUAAAUACAAUCGCAUCAUCAUCUCGUUGCUCUAUCGAUAAAUUAGCUAUUCGUUCAUUAAGAUCUGAUCAGAAGCAGCUGAUCAGUGUGACUUGUUUGCUGCGCCCAAGCAAUUCCACCACAGCAGGAUUAAUCUCAGCAAAGGUGGAGCUCAUUUAUACGUGAAUUACUUUCAAUUUAGGGGGAAUUUUGAAAUCCCGGUCUCAAAGCGUACGGUUAAUCUGGAGCCAUAUGGUAACCGUAUCUUUGUAGAUGGAAAAAUGUGAAGGAGAAACACGAAUUGUUGAAGCAAACAAAAAACAACCCGUCUCAUAUGUAAUGUGUCCUACGUAAAGAAACGUGGCACAGAGGAAUGAUAUGAUAUUGAUAUCUCAUAGAUAUGCCUGCGUGUAAUUCAAACUCGUUUUGAGCAAUGUCAAACAAACCUGUUAUCAAGAUUGUUUUUAAGGACUUGUGUUCCAAAUGAAACCGAAAAGGGCGAUACAGAAAACCUGGCUUGGAAUUAUUGUUCUUGAACUGUAAAAUGUAAGAGUUUCUUACUUUAAAACGGUACACUGCAGCCCUGGGUUUACUUGCAGCUUCAGUACACGCAUGCCUGUUUUACAGUAUCAGUAGCAACGGCGUGAUGGGGACCAUGCGUAUUUUUCUAAACAACAUUCUUAAUAAUUCAUUCAGAAUUCGUUCAGCUACAUCAUCAGAUACGGGGGUGCAUUUAGUAAAUACCAAACAACUUUACAACUCCAGUGUCUUGUCGGGAGAGAUUAAAACUAGACAGAACUGCAAUUUUAACAGUUCACAGAAAGGAUCGAAUUUUUUAGCCUGCAACUUUGUAACAAGGUCUUGUGACCGUUUUUCGCCAAGUGUGUAUUUACCUACAAGGCGUUAUUCGACCAGUGUAAUUGGCAGUAAACUAUACAGCCAAGCGUUCAGCUCCUCAAUUCAGGAUCCAGAAAAGUUUUGGAGUGAAGCAGCGCAGAGUAUUACUUGGUUCGAGCAAUGGAGUAAAACAUUGGAUAAUUCCAACCCCCCUUUUACUAAAUGGUUUGUUGAUGGGAAACUUAACAUCUGCUAUAACGCAAUAGACCGGCAUGUUGAAAAUGGACGAGGGGACCAGAUUGCCAUCAUCUACGACAGUCCUGUUACUGGAUCUAAACAGGCCAUCACAUACAGCCAGACACUGGAGCAGGUCUCCCAGUUAGCGGGUGUUCUGGUGAAGCAUGGGGUGCAGAAAGGAGACCGUGUUGUUAUCUAUAUGCCCAUGAUUCCCCAGGCCAUGUUCACCAUGCUGGCCUGCGCAAGGAUUGGCGCUACACACAGCCUGAUAUUUGGCGGUUUUGCAUCAAAGGAGCUGUCAAUCAGAAUUGAGCAUGCCAAGCCCAAAAUAGUGGUGAGCGCAUCCUUUGGCAUUGAGCCUGGCAGAAGAGUGGAAUACAUCCCUCUGCUAGAGAAAGCAAUGGAGCUCUGCAAACACAAACCUCAGAAAGUCCUUAUCUAUAACCGGCCUAACAUGGAGUCUGUUUCCAUGACUGCCGGCCAGUGCUUAUACUGGGAUGAGGAGAUGGCAGCAUCUUGUCCCCAUGACUGUGUCCCUGUGUCCUCAGAUCAUCCUCUUUAUAUUCUGUAUACCUCAGGAACUACAGGGCUGCCCAAGGGUAUUGUUCGAGAUACAGGUGGCUAUGCAGUGAUGUUGAAUUGGACUAUGUCAAAUGUGUAUGGUCUCAGUCCUGGAGAGGUCUGGUGGGCAGCUUCUGACCUGGGCUGGGUAGUCGGGCACUCCUAUAUCUGCUAUGCGCCUUUGCUUCAUGGCAACACUACCGUUCUGUAUGAGGGCAAGCCUGUGGGGACCCCAGAUGCUGGAGCAUUUUUCCGUUUGAUAUCGGAGCAUGGUGUGGCAGCCAUGUUCACCGCCCCAACAGCAAUCCGAGCAAUCCGCCAGCAUGACCCCCAGGCAGCCCUGGGGAGACAGCAUCCCCUAACGAGGAUGCGGACGCUCUUUGUUGCUGGUGAACGCUGUGAUGCGGACACUUUGGGCUGGGCGAAGAAAACGUUCAAGGUUCCUGUCCUGGACCACUGGUGGCAGACUGAAAGUGGAUCCCCAAUAACAGCCUCUUGCAUCGGCCUUGGAAAUUCUCUGACCCCACCUGCUGGACAAGCUGGUAAACCUGUACCAGGAUACAAUGUCAUGGUCCUGGACUACAGCAUGCAGAAAGUGAAGUCGAAGACUCUGGGAAACAUUGUGGUAAAGUUGCCGCUGCCUCCAGGUGCAGUAACCACUCUCUGGGAAAACGACGGCAUCUUCAGUGAACUCUAUUUCACCACGUUUCCUGGUUACUAUGACACCAUGGAUGCAGGCUACAUGGAUGAGGAGAAUUACUUGUAUGUCAUGUCUCGUGUUGAUGAUGUAAUCAAUGUUGCUGGCCAUAGGAUUUCCACAGGGGCACUGGAGGAGUCCAUUCUGCACCACUCAGCUGUGGCAGACUGCGCUGUUGUUGGACUGGAAGACUCCUUGAAAGGUCACAUUCCUCUAGCCUUGUGUGUUUUAAAAAACGGUGUGAACAAGGCAGAAGAGGACCUUGUGGCAGAGAUAGUUGGUCUUGUCAGAGAGAGUAUUGGUCCAGUGGCAGCCUUCAGGAAGGCCAUUUUCGUGAAGCGGUUGCCAAAGACUCGUUCCGGAAAGAUCCCUCGCUCCACGCUCUCCGCACUUGUGAAUGGCAAGCCUUACAAGAUAACGCCUACCAUUGAGGACCCAGUCGUGUUUGAAGAAAUAGAAGAGGUCCUUCAGCAGAAACUGUAACUGCCAUAAUCAUGAAUAUCAAGCAAGAAUCCAACUUCUUUACUGCUGAGCAACAAUCAGACGUACUGGUAACUUUAGAAUGAAGACAUGCAUUCCAUGGAAUAGCUCAGAAUGUACAAGUGUAUUGCUGAUCGCCUCUUUGCCUUCUGUCUUAAUUAAGAGAUGAGUCUUGAUGGUUGUGUAACUAUGAGGCACUAUCUCCUGAUUUUACUUUAACUGAAAUAUCCAGCUUUUAAUAUUUCCUUUUUUUAAACAUUUAGUUACAUGUAUUGUGCGAUGUUUCUGAUCUUAAUUGCAGGAUUUCACAUGUUUUAAAUCACUGACCCUUUGACACAUCCUGACAACUGCUUUUAGAUGUAUCUAGUAUUGCACUGCUGACCGUGGAGUGUUGAUAGCAGGGUGAGAGACACAGCAUGCAAAGAGAAAGCCAGCACAGAACAGGGGCAGUCGUGCAAAACACCCUCUCAGGUGUGUCCCCUAGCUCAUGCAUUACACAAGAUGCGCAGAGAGAAAUCUGUUGCUUUUCAUUUUCACUCACUUGUAUUAAAGCAAAUUAUUUUCAACUGGAGAUGUUCCUAGUAAUCCAUGCUUACUUUCCCUGAUUUUAGUAUAUUCUGCUAAACUGCCCGAAAUGUUGUCCCCAAAAGUUGAGUGCAAGUUCCACACUGUUAGAAUUGUAAGUAUUGAGAUGCAUUAUAGACAAUCGAUGGCUUAUUAAGCAGUACUGCCUGUAAAUACUGUUUGAUAGCCUUUUUAAAUUGUAAAAAAGGAUUGGGAUGAUUUUAACAAUCUUUAUGGAACAUUAUAAAAUGAAAUGCAAAAGCUAUUUUUCUUUUAUCUUAGUAAAAAAGGUUAACUGUUAAAUCCACCGUUAAGUCUGUACUCAAUUUAGGUGUGUUUAAUAUAUAAAGACAAGUAAACAAUCUUU